CUUUCCGUCACUACACACCAAUUUUCUUCCACUAUAUAUUUGGAUCUUAAAACUACUUUUCUGUGUCCUUCGAAAAGAACUCUCUCUACACCUUAUUAUAUACAUUCUUAAUAUUUCUUUUUCUUGAAUAUUUAGUUUCUCUACUCACACACACUGGUCUCUUGACCUCCUCCCCCUCUGCCGCUUCCAUGGAUUCCGUUGUCUGCUCGGCCGACGAGCUAGCUCGGCUCUUUGGCUCCAACGUAACCAACGCCAACGCGGCUGCAGACUUCAUCUGUUCCCGUUUCAACACCUCCGACGCAAACUUCACCGCUACCAGAUACGCCGUUGACAACACCUACCUCCUCUUCUCUGCCUAUCUCGUCUUCUCCAUGCAACUAGGAUUCGCCAUGCUCUGUGCCGGCUCAGUUAGGGCAAAAAACACCAUGAACAUUAUGCUUACGAAUGUCCUCGACGCCGCAACCGGUGGUCUUUUCUAUUACCUUUUCGGUUUUGCCUUUGCCUUCGGUGGUCCAUCAAAUGGCUUCAUCGGCAAACACAACUUCGGUCUAAAAGCAAUCCCAUCAGAAACUUUCGAUUACAGCAACUUUCUUUAUCAAUGGGCGUUUGCGAUAGCCGCAGCUGGAAUCACUAGCGGUUCCAUAGCGGAAAGAACCCAAUUUGUAGCUUACUUAAUAUACUCUUCCUUUUUAACGGGCUUUGUUUAUCCAGUUGUGUCGCACUGGUUCUGGGCAACCGACGGUUGGGCUUCUGCAUUCAACACAGAUAAUUUGUUGUUUAGUAGUGGAGUAAUCGAUUUCGCCGGAUCUGGUGUCGUGCAUAUGGUAGGUGGUAUUGCUGGUUUUUGGGGCGCUCUUAUUGAAGGACCAAGAAUUGGCCGUUUUGACCAUACAGGCCGUUCUGUUUCUUUACGCGGACACAGCGCUUCUUUAGUUGUUCUUGGCACUUUCUUGCUUUGGUUCGGUUGGUAUGGGUUUAAUCCCGGUUCUUUCAACAAAAUCUUGGUUGCUUACACCGCCGAUAGCUAUAACGGUCAAUGGAGUGCAGUUGGUAGAACCGCCGUUACAACCACACUAGCUGGUUGCACUGCGGCUUUGACUACUCUUUUUGGUAAAAGAAUUUUAUCUGGCCAUUGGAACGUGACGGACGUUUGUAAUGGUUUGCUCGGUGGUUUUGCUGCCAUCACUGCUGGUUGCGCCGUUGUAGAGCCAUGGGCGGCGAUUAUAUGCGGUUUUGUCGCCGCUCUGGUUUUAAUUGGGUGCAACAAAUUGGCUGAGAAGUUCAAAUAUGAUGAUCCAUUAGAGGCUGCGCAGCUUCACGGAGGUUGUGGUGCUUGGGGUGUGAUUUUCACGGCGUUGUUUGCUAGAGAGAAGUACGUGGCUCAGAUUUACGGGGCGGGUGUAAAUCACGGGUUAUUCAUGGGUGGCGGUGGAAGGCUUCUGGCUGCUCAUGUAAUUCAAAUUCUCGUGAUUAUCGGAUGGGUGAGUGUUACAAUGGGUCCAUUGUUUUUAGUUCUACAUAAGCUUAAGCUUUUAAGAAUCUCAGCGGAGGAUGAGAUGGCGGGUAUGGAUCUGACCCGACAUGGUGGAUUUGCUUACAUUUACCAUGAUGAAGAGGAGACUCAAAAGCAGGGAAUCAAGUUAAGGAAAAUUGAACCAUCAAGCACAGCUCCUAAUAAUUCAUCUACUGUUUGAUUAUUGUUUCUUUUAGUAAAGAUGUUAUCUUUGUAGGAAUUGUGUUAGAUAAAUUUAAGGAUUUUAGUGGGUGGGUGGUGCAUAAUGGGGAUAAAGAAGACUUGGACUACAAUGGGGAUCUGUAAUAUUAUGGCUGGAGGGUCAAAAUCGUUGAAUUUGAAGUGGAAAUGCUUUUGUUUUUUACCUUUAUAAAGAUGUGAAUACGUAAUUUUUGUGUGUAUUAGUUUGAUUUUUCCUUAGUCAAGGUUUGAUCUUUGACAAAAACACAACAUGGGUUGUGGGCCAUUCUUUGGGCCCCGCUCCUGUGGAAAAGGAAGAAUCUCAUGAUGCAAUAAAGUUGGAACUGGUAGUUCGCUUUGAAUCUUCUUGUAA